AGGUGUUCUUGGAAAAAAUUUGUGAUUUGGAUGUGAGAAAGGACAUGAGGAGAUCAAAGACCUGGGAUUUUGCUGAUCAGAAUGAAACAAAUGUUGAAAGACUUUUCAAAUCUGUUGUUGGUGGUACUCUGUGACUAUGUUCUUGGAGAAGCUGAAUAUAUACUCUUGGGAGAGCCAGGCCAUGUAGCACUAAGCAACAACACAGUGUCUGUGCAUUUUCAGCAUUUUGAUGGUGCUAAUUGGACAUUGAGGAAUGUAUCUGUCUUGCUGUUGGAAGCCAACACCAACAAGACUAUUGCCACCAAAUACCUUCUGACCAACCAGUCGCAGGGAACAUUUGAGUUUGAGUGUUUCUACUUCAAGGAGGCUGGUGACUACUGGUUCAUGAUGAGUUCAGAAGCAGUGGACAAUAGCACUACAGUCCUUUGGUGGAAAAAAAGUACGUUUCUGAAGGUGGAGUGGCCCAUCUUUCACUUUGACUUAAAUAGGACCUCCAGUGCAGCAGAAGGCAUCUUUCAGGUGGGCUUUUUCACCAGUCAGCCACUGUGCUCAUUCCCUGUGGAUAAGCCCGACAUCUUGGUGGAUAUCAUCUUUACCAACAGUCUUCCUGAAACAAGAACAAGUCAGGGACAGCCCCUGGAAAUAAGAACCAGCAAAAGGACAGAACUCUGUCAAGGUCAGUGGGUUGAGUUUGGCUGUGCACCUGUGGGGCCAGAAGCCUAUGUCACUGUGGUACUGAAACUGCUUGGCAGAGACUCGGUCAUUACCUCAACAGGACCCAUUGACCUGGCCCAGAAAUUCGGAUACAAACUGGUGAUGGUGCCAGAACUGAUGUGUGAGUCCGUGGUGGAAGUGAUGGUGGUGCCUCCACCUUGCAUUUUUGUCCAAGGAGUAAUUGCUGUCUUCAAGGAGGCCCCCAGACUCCCUGGGGAAGGGGCAGUUUGGCUGGCUGAAAACACCCUAAACCUGGGAGAGAGGAGGACAGUAUUUAACUGCAGUCUGUUUGAUAUGGGAAAGAAUAAAUACUGCUUUGACUUUGGCAUUUCAAGCAGAAGCCAUUUUUCCACAAAAGACAAGGAGUGCAUGCUAAUUCAGAGAAAUAUAGAGACCUGGGGAUUGUGGCAGCCAUGGACACAGUGUAGCACCACGUGUGGGGAUGGUGUGAGAGAGCGUCGCCGAGUGUGUUUCACUUCCUUCCCCUCGAGACCUGGCUGUCCUGGAAUGUCGUCAGAGACCUCCUUGUGUUCCUUGGAGGAGUGUAAUGCUUUCCAGCCAUCUAGCCCAUCUCCUCUUCAGCCUCAGGGUCCAGUGAAACCCAACAACAUUGUGACUGUCACUGGAAUAUCCCUGUGCUUGUUCAUCAUUGUUGCCACUGUUCUUAUCACACUAUGGAGGAAGUUUGGCCGUGCUCCCAAGUGUAGCACUCCCGCUCGACACAAUUCCAUCCACUCCCCCAGCUUUCGGAAGAACUCGGAUGAGGAGAACAUCUGCGAACUGAGUGAGCAGCGUGGGAGCUUCUCAGAUGGAGGAGAUGGUCCUUCGGGGAGCCCAGGGGAGAUGGGUAUCCCUUUGACCUAUAGGCGGAGUGUGCCAGUGACUCCUGAGGAUGAUGCCUCUGGCAGUGAGAGCUUCCAGUCCAAUGCCCAGAAGAUAAUCCCCCCUCUGUUUAGCUACCGUCUUGCCCAGCAGCAACUGAAGGAGAUGAAGAAGAAAGGCCUGACAGAAACCACCAAAGUGUACCAUGUGUCUCAGAGUCCUCUGACAGAUACUGCUAUUGAUGCUGCUGCCGGCCCCCCCUUAGACUUGGAAACCCCAGAAGAAGCCGUGGCAAACAAGUUCCGGAUCAAAUCCCCAUUUCUGGAUCAGCCCACGAUCAGUGCUGGGGAGAGGCCUCCCUCCAGGCCAGAUCUUAAUGUCACUCAUGCCAGUUGUGCAGUAAGCCCUAGCCAGAACCUAAUCCGCAAGUCACAGAUGAAGCAUGUGGGCAGCAGAGGGGGCCAAUCCGAGAGGAGCUAUCCCAGGAAUUCCCACUUCAGAAGGACUGCUAGUUUUCAUGAGACCAAGCAAGCCCGGCCAUUUCGGGAGAGGAGCAUGUCCACUCUGACUCCACGGCAGGUCCCUACCCACAGCUCUAGGACACGGACUUGGGACCAGGCAGAAGACAAGUUUAGACCUCUCAAUCGAGGCACCCACCUGUUUCCUGAGAAAUUGGAGCAUUUCGAAGGAGCAGGUGGAACCAAUGAUCCAUUCAGCCCUCUCCCUAAGUCCCACACCUUGGGGCAGCCCUUGCGGAAACCAGACUUGGGGGAUCGCCAGUCAGGGUUAAUGGCAGGAAUUGAGAGAAUGGAGCCUCACAGGGCUCGGAGGGGACCGUCCCCCAGUCACAGGAGUGUUUUGAGGAAACAGCCUUCCCCCACUUCUCCCAAAGAUAGCUACCAGAGGGCCAACCCUCUGAGUCCUUCUCAGUGUAGAAAAGACAAGUGUCAGAGCUUCCCAGCACACCCUGAGUUUGCCUUCUAUGACAAUACAUCAUUCGGCCUCAUGGAGGCAGAGCAGAGGAUGCUUGACCUCCCUGGAUAUUUUGGGUCAAAUGAAGAGGAUGAAACCACAAGUACACUUAGUGUGGAGAAGCUGGUGAUCUAA